AUAUACAUUGGCAAGCCUGGCAGAGAGGAUGAGGAGAAACGAACAUUUGUUGCUGGUCCUUCAACGCCCGUUAUGCUCUCCUUUUAAGAUGAUCCUGCCAGGCAGGUAUGACAUGGUUCUUGACUAGCUUAUCACUGGCAGUGCUAAGUUUCAUGCAAGUGGAGUCUAUCAAUUCCAUCAUUUGUUUGUUCGUCUCAUUCAGUACCGGGGACUCCUCUCUUACGAUGGAUGACGCAUAUAAUUUUCGGAUAAAGAAGGCCGGAUCCGGCUUCGACUCCAGAUAUGCGGGUUCACUACGUAUUCUACACAUAUAUCCGCUUCACGGAGGUUGGUUGCAAUAGAAAGCAGAGGUCAAACAUCCUGACCGGGGUCCC